CGCGUGAAGAACCGCGGGCACGGCGGCGGCUCGACUGCCCGGUAGCGCGCGGAGCGGGCGGGCUCUCUCACACGAGCGCUUCUUUGCCGAGAGCCUGGAGCUGCGGCAGCGCAGGCCUGGGCCGCCGUGUCUCCGCCGCCCACUUCAGUUUUCCUCAGGGCUCCGGGGGCCGCUUGUCCGCCGCUGCGCCUCAGGAAUUUAACAAGAAUCUGAAGUUUUGAUUCAAAUAUUUUUUGAAUUGAAGCCAGAAAUGUAUUAGAAUUUUGAUUCUUUCAUUUGAUUAAGGUAUGGUCUGAAUAUGCGUUGUUUGGCAGCUCGGGUCAACUACAAGACUUUGAUUAUCAUCUGUGCGCUAUUCACCUUGGUCACAGUACUUUUGUGGAACAAAUGUUCCAGCGACAAAGCAAUCCAGUUUCCUCGGCACUUGAGCAGUGGAUUCAGAGUGGAUGGAUUAGAAAAAAGAACAGCAGCAUCUGAAAGUAACCACUAUGCCAACCACAUGGCCAAGCUGCAGCCAGAGGAGGCAUUUCCUCAGGAGCAACAGAAAGCACCCCCUAUCGUUGGGGGCUUCAAUAACAAUGGGGGAAGCAAGGUGUUAGGACUCAAAUAUGAGGAGAUUGACUGCCUCAUAAAUGAUGAACACACAAUUAAAGGGAGACGAGAGGGGAAUGAAGUUUUUCUUCCAUUUACCUGGGUAGAGAAAUACUUUGAUGUUUACGGAAAGGUGGUCCAGUAUGAUGGCUAUGAUCGAUUUGAAUUCUCUCAUAGCUAUUCCAAAGUCUAUGCACAGAGAGCCCCUUACCACCCUGAUGGUGUGUUUAUGUCCUUCGAAGGCUACAAUGUGGAAGUCCGAGACAGAGUCAAGUGUAUAAGUGGAGUUGAAGGUGUGCCAUUAUCUACACAAUGGGGACCUCAAGGCUAUUUCUACCCAAUUCAGAUUGCACAGUAUGGACUAAGUCAUUACAGCAAGAAUCUAACUGAGAAACCCCCUCACAUAGAGGUAUAUGAGACAGCAGAAGACAGGGACAGAAACGUCAGACCUACUGAAUGGACCGUGCCCAAGGGUUGCUUCAUGGCAAGUGUGGCUGACAAGUCUAGAUCUACCAAUGUUAAACAGUUUAUUGCUCCAGAAACCAGUGAAGGUGUGUCUUUACAGCUGGGAAACACAAAAGACUUCAUUAUUUCAUUUGACCUCAAGCUCUUAACAAAUGGGAGUAUAUCUGUGGUUCUGGAGACCACAGAAAAGAAUCAGCUCUUCACUGUGCAUUAUGUUUCCAACACCCAGCUAAUUGCUUUUAAAGACAGGGAUAUAUACUAUGGCAUUGGGCCCAGAACGUCAUGGAGUACAGUUACCAGAGACCUGGUCACUGACCUCAGGAAAGGAGUGGGUCUUUCCAACACAAAAGCUGUCAAGCCAACCAAAAUCAUGCCCAAAAGGGUGGUUAGAUUGAUUGCAAAAGGGAAGGGAUUCCUGGACAACAUUACCAUCUCAACCACAGCCCACAUGGCUGCAUUCUUUGCUGCUAGUGACUGGCUAGUGAGGAACCAGGAUGAGAAAGGUGGCUGGCCAAUUAUGGUGACCCGGAAGUUAGGGGAAGGGUUUAAGUCUUUAGAACCAGGGUGGUACUCUGCUAUGGCACAAGGGCAAGCCAUCUCUACAUUAGUCAGGGCCUAUCUUCUAACAAAAGACCAUAUAUUCCUCAAUUCAGCUUUAAGGGCAACAGCCCCAUACAAGUUUCUGUCAGAACAGCAUGGAGUUAAAGCCGUGUUUAUGAAUAAACAUGACUGGUAUGAAGAAUAUCCAACUACACCUAGCUCUUUUGUUUUAAAUGGCUUUAUGUAUUCUUUAAUUGGGUUGUAUGACCUAAAAGAAACAGCAGGGGAGAAACUUGGGAAAGAAGCGAGGUCCUUGUAUGAACGUGGCAUGGAAUCUCUUAAAGCCAUGCUGCCCUUGUAUGAUACUGGCUCUGGAACCAUCUAUGACCUUCGCCACUUCAUGCUGGGCAUUGCUCCCAACCUGGCCCGCUGGGACUAUCACACCACCCACAUCAACCAGCUGCAGCUGCUCAGUACCAUCGAUGAGUCUCCAAUCUUCAAAGAGUUUGUCAAGAGGUGGAAAAGCUACCUUAAAGGCAGCAGGGCAAAGCACAACUAGAGCUCGAAACCAAAAGCGCAUUCCAGCCUCUUCUGAGCUCAAGGGCUGAGCUCUGUGUCAGCAGCACGCCAUACGUUUAAAAUGGUGUGUGUCUGGGAUUAGUGGGUCAUAGCAACGUGAGAAGAGACCCUCAAAGUUAGUCUUCUGAAACAAUUGCAUUCCAUGGGUCAGGUGCUUAGAAAUGUAGGCACUGCAAGUGUUGAGUCCUUGCGCUGAACAAAGAUGUGAUCUCUGCCCUGCUCGUCACUUAGGCCUCCGUGCAGAGUCGUUCUGUCUGUGAAAAGUAACGGUAAGUUGCCGCUGCUAACCUGCUGCCCAGCACUUACCUAAAACUUAGUAUGGAGUGCUUUUAAAAUGUGAUUAUUUAUAUUUAUGCUGAAAGCAGGCUCUUAGAAAAUGGUGUGCUGUACUGCAGUAAACAUGUAUGUAUAGCCUGGAUUGUGGACUGUGUUUUUUCAAUGUUUCUUUCCUGUAGGUUCAUUUCUUUGGAGAAAGUGAGUGUUUGUUGCAUUUGUUCAGUUAUAUAUGGAAAAUAUUUUGAAUUAUGGUUUUAUUGAACUAUGUAUAUUUAAACACAGCCUUGUUCAGGUCUCAUGGUCACAUAGCAUAAGCACAACUAAAAUGAAACUUGUUGACUGCACAAGAAAUUACAGACAUGUUAUGUUUUAUGAAACUUGAUCUACAAUCAGUAGACGUUUGAUAAUCAUCUUCCCCAUCUCUGCCCCCAGCGCAGUGUGUCUUUGUCACUAUCUGCAAUGUUGCAUUUCAUUUCAUACUACACUUUGGGAGUUUUGUCCAUUUUGAGGACAUUACCCAGAAUGUUAAUUAUAAGCCUAAAUUUGUGACAGACCUAAUGAUUUGAAGCCUAUCAUCAGUCCCUUUUAGGAUUUUUCUCCCCCCUUAAAGGGAAAUUGCUGGGUUAAAUGUUAUGUUCAGGAGUCACAGUGAAGAUGUUCCUGCCUAGAUUGUCACCAUCUCUUCUUAUCCUCACUUUUUCUCUGAAACUUCAUUUUGAGUGAUUCCAACUUUGAAACAGAAGAGAUGCUACCGUGUCUGCUGUCUGUGUGCUACAAGAUCUCUUAAGGGUUUCAGAGUCCUCAUGCUGUGGACAGUGUCUGCUAUAGGGCUUCAGGCAUUAGGUAAAAGCAACAAGGAUUGGUUUUGCUCUGGUUUUUGUUUAUGGUGUGAUAAUAUGGAGAUAGUUAGGUAACAUGAGUUUCACACUUUCUAGGGACAACUAGUGGAGCUUAUCCAUGCUAUCAGUCAGAUGCAUGUUUAAGAGCCAGGUGAGUGAUUUGCUCACACAUUGUAAUUCUGUUGAAUUCAGCUAACUGUUGAAACUGUUGAAAUAUAUAUGAUGCACAUACACGCAUACAUAAAUGAUACAUAUAUAAAGUAUAUUGACAUCAAAAGAGACAGAUAUGUACUGAAGAUAAAGACUAUUAAACUGUUGGAAAAUAAGUGUAAACUCCCAGUUUAUAUGACCACACUUUAAUUUUGCCUACAAUGAACCCAGUGUGGUCAUCAGGUUCCCCAGCUUUUACCUUUGUGAUUCUCUCACACACAGUGUUUCAGCAACAUCUGAACAUACACAUUUGUCUCAGCAAUAAAAAUGAGGACUCCCUUUAUAUUUUCAGUACUGAUGUUCAAAAAAGCUUCCCUACCUGGGAACACUGUUCACUCUUAACAGAUUUGUUAUUAGAGUGGUCCCGACUUUGCUUUAUGUUUGCGUACUGGUCUUCAGAUGAGAGGGGGUCAGGGGAAUCAUCGUGGUACUGCUUCUGUGACAAACGCCAGUGCCUUACCAAUGUGCUUGUCCUUUUCCACUGAAGAGGGAAAGUUUGCUUUGUUUUGUUUCUGAUAUAGAAAUGGCAGUUCACUGCUGUUGCUUUUCCACUGCCUUCCACAUUGCAACAGCUACUUGACUUGUGUUGUGAUCCCAGAAUUCCCCAAGAGGUCACACUGAGCCUGUGACAGCACUGUCAGUGCUUGUCUUCUCAGACUUGAGAAUGCUUUCGUCACCCGGGAGUUUACAUAAUGAGACUCUAGGUGUGCAGGAAGUCUGCCUGCAAAGUGGGAUCCGCAGCAUGUUUGACAGAUGGGGUGAUGCUGCUUCGGGAGAGCUGGGCAUGUGUAGAGGAGCGCUGCCUGGGACCCAUGCAUUUUUGCCUCUGGAAAAUUACAAAGUUUCCUAGGUUUUUAAAUCAUGUAAAUGUUUACUAUCCUGAGGAUAGAGAGAAUGGGGAGGGUAUUUUAAGUUUUUGUUGUGUUUCUUUAAAUUUUUCUUUAAAAAUACUGGUUUGAGUCACUUAUCUGAGUUAGCUUCCAUGUUGUGAAUCUGUUACCAUCUUAGUAGUAAAACCAGUCAAAAGUUCCUAGACAAAGGGCAGUUUGACCCUUUAGGAGUUACUGUAUAUAACGGCUUCCUUCAAGAGCCACGCAGCAUCCAUGAGCAAGUGCAGCAAUGACACAAGCACACUCUCCAGAUGUGGCGGGACUCUUUCUUUUUUGGUGUACAGACUCCCACCAAAAGCUGCUGUUUUUGUUCUUGUCAUUGUUUCCUCGCUUCUCCUCCAUUGUACAUGUGGGGUAUAUGCCAUGUGUCAAAUAUGCAAUAACGUGUUUACCGGAUGCCCUUCUGAAGGGUGGUCCUCUGUAAAGCUGUACAGACUUUGCAGUCCAAGCACAAUGUGCACAUGUUAGUUUUAUAUACAGCGAAACUUGAUUUUUUCAAAUGGAAAGGUAUUUUGUUUCUAUACAAAGUUAAAUGGGUUGUUUGUGCUUAAUGUAAAGCUGCUUUAUAAAAUUGUAAAAUAAAGUUUUUAUCUUGAAAAGAAA